AUUAUUUUACCAUAUUUCUUUCAAAAAUAUUUAAAAAAAUCCAUACUCAAAUUAAAAUGGCAAGAGGAUUUGGUCCUAAAUGCUCUAAAAUAUUAUUAAUAAUAUUUAACGUGGUAUUUUGGAUUGCAGGGGCAGGAAUGCUGGCCCUGGGAAUAUACAUUGUUGUUGCUAAAGAGAAACAAGUUUAUUUAGACCUUCUUGAUUUAACAAGCAAUGACCCUUUACUCAAAUAUGGUGCCUACCUUCUUAUAGGUUCUGGUUGUUUUAUCAUACUAGUUGGAUUUUUGGGAUGUUGUGGAGCAGUCCAAGAAAACAAAUGCAUGCUUGGAAUGUAUUUCUUGCUUCUUCUGGUGAUUUUAGCCGCUCAAAUAACGAUAGGUGUGCUUGCCGCGGUUUACAGAUCAGAAAUAAAGGCCAAAGUAAACACUAAAAUGCGCGAGAACAUCGCGAGACUUUAUGGAGCAGACGAUGGCAAAAAUACUCUCUCAAAAUCUAUGGAUUACCUUCACGUUUUGGCUACCUGCUGCGGAAUAUACGGCCCUGGAGAUUUUAAAAAUACACCUUGGGCUGCCGCCAAUCCCAGUUGGAAACAUCCUCAAACAUGUUGUGUUAUGCAGAAGCGAGAUAUUGAUGAUUUCGUUAUAGCGGAUAUACCCAAGUGUCGGGCUCAGACUCCGGGUUAUUAUUAUAGCAAGGGGUGUUGGGAAUCCAUUAAAUCCUGGGUCAACAAUCAAUCCAUUAUUUUGAUAAGCGUAGGCUUAGGAAUCGCAUUUUUGGAAAUAUUCGGAAUGAUUCUCUCUAUAUGCCUCUGCCGAAACGUAAAUUACGAUUGAUAAACUUGCGUCAAGAAAAACAAAAUCAAAAAUAUUAAUAGUAUUUUUUUUAAAUAGACGAAUUAUCAUCGAGAAAUAUUAUAUAUUUUUUUUUAAUUUGAAAGGAAAAAUAAAAAAUUGUGGAUAUAUUCCUUAAGCAUAGUUAUAUAUAUAUUUUUAUAAAUUUUGAUGAAAGUCAGCUGAUAUGGUGACUCUUUGGAAGUUAUAUCUCUAGGAAUGAUAGAACUAAAUCACCGAAACUCAACUUUUUUUGACAAUAAUUAUAAAAUACGCAUAAAUUUAUAUAGCAUAUUAUUUUUAAACGAAUAAAUAUAUUUUUUUAAUCAUAAAUAUUACAAAAACUAUGAGUGGAAUUCUUAGCUUAUGUUCUUUUUGCCUUAUAUCCUUUCUGCCUUUUUAAAUUAUAUUUUUUUUUAGGUUUAACUGUUUUUUUUACAAAACAUUCCAAAUUUUAACGCCUUUAAAAAAAAUUUUUUUUUAAAUACUAAUAUAAAUUUUAUAUUUUUCAAAAUAAAAUCUCAAACAUUUAAUU